AUGGUUGGAGAAUGCAAAGAUAAUUGGGCUAAAUUACGCAACGCAUACUGUAGUGCACUAAAACGACGAAAAACUAAAUCUGGGCAAGCGGCAACGCAAGGGACUCCAUGGAAAUACGAAGAUCAAAUGGGUUUUUUACGUCCAUACAUGGAAAUGAGAAACACUAAGACUAAUUUGAUACCGCCAUCAUCUCCGUCGACAUCUGCAGAGACCAUCACAUCGGAAUUACCUGCAGAAAGUCCUGAAGUUCCUGAAAGUCCGUCUGAUUUCAGAAGUGAUUCACAACAAAGCAACUUAAGUUCAUAUUCUCAAAGGAGCCCAUCUUUGAAGAGAAAACCUGAUUUAGCCGACAUUUACGAUAUGAUGAAGACACAGCAUAGUCUGAGGCAACAAAAACAACAGUCAAAACUGGACUUGGAUGAAACAGACAUGUUUUUCUUAAGUAUGAGCAAAGCAGUCAAAGCACUACCGAAAUUAGACCAAACAAAAAUUAAAUUAGAUUUACAUAUGGCUAUUUCUCAGGCUGAAAUUCGUAACAUUGAAAUGGAACGUGUAGUAAAGACACCGCUUAGAAUAGUUUCUCAAACGGUAGUUCCGCCAAGUAACCAGCCUCUCCCAGAGCCAUCCAGAGUCUACUACUAUCAUAAUUCACCUACAGAAAUAAAGGAGUUUUCACCUGAAUCUCAGUCCAUACUCGAUCCUGAGGCUCAAAAUUCAAAUUCUACCGGAGAAUAA